AUGUCAACGAACGCUCCGAUCAGCACCAACCUACCGUCCCACGACGCGGACGAGACCAUGCGAGAGGCCGUCGAUCGGUUUCGCACGCGCAUGGCGGCCGCCAACCGACAGUUCAUCCAGGACCGCAUAGAUGAGAUCGACGCCCGCGGACUCGCAACCGAGAAAGAGAAAAUUCGUAUGAUUCAGAGGUGGCGCCAUUUCGGAGACUUAGACCAAGACGAACCAGCCAGUGAGAACAACCCCGACGCACGCCACAUAAGCAACCGGUUCCGGCAGACGCGGGAGUUGGCAGCAGUUCCCGCGCUGCUGGCCGAGGACACACACCCCCUGUUCGCCCUGGACGGGAUCCACCCGCCGCUGCUCUGCACGCCGGAAGCCCGCCAGAUCUUCCUCGACACGCUGCAGGAAGUAUUCCAACGGCAAGCGGAGGAGUGGGCGGCCGCCGAGGGCGAGGAUAUACCCUCGGAGCCGAUCCCGCGCUGUGAGGAGCUGGGCCGGCUUUUGGCGUAUGCCCACGAGGUGGAAGACCCGGACUUUCGCCACUCGGGCAUCGCCCCCUUGGAGGCAGGGCUGUCCGUACAGACGCGAUAUGGCACCCUCCCCUGUCUGGACACACAGGAGGAGCGGGACCACUACCAUGCACGUAUACGCCAGGAAUGUGCGUGGCUGCAGGAGCGGCUGGAGGGGGAGUACACGGACUUGAUCAACAAGGUCCAGAUUCCGGCCUCCCCAGAUGUGGAUCUGGAUGUCCGGGCGGGCGUGGUCAUGGGCACCGGCUAUGUCGGGGAGUAUCCUAAAUGGUACAGCGCGUAUCUCUACUGCCGGAAGAGUCCAGAUGAGGAUAUGGAGGGGAUCCAUUACCAGGAUGAAGGCGUCCAGGACGCCCCCAAUAUCCGGGAGUGGGGUUGGCGUGUGGUCUUUAUGGAGGAGGAGGGCAUCAUGCAGCCACAGGUGCUCUAUGGACGGAAGCCGCGCUUUGACUCGAUCCCUGAGUUUCUGGACUGGUACGCGAGCUGGCCGGACUACUUGGAUGCCCGCGGGCUGCUCAGUCUCCGCCGGCAUCUGAAAGGAUGUGAAAUCGAUUGCGAGUCCGACUGUGAGAUGCACGAACCGUAG